AUGGGUCUGUGGUUGCUGCUGUUGUGGGUGUUGAUUAUACAGUACGGUCAGGUGGAUCCUUUAUUUGACUGGCUGAAGAGCCCUGCACCAGCUCCUUCCCCUCCACAAGAACCCAUCGUACCUGUUCUGACACAAGGAGAUGCUCCACCCUUUGAAAUGAGUGUUGCUGAUGAGAAGUUUCUGGCUGAGGCGAAGCAAUUGGAACUCAGUCCUCUCGACAGCUGCCAUUUUCGGGUUGUUGCUCAGCUGAAAGCAACUUGCAGUGGCCUGUCAGAGGAGCAGCUGGCCAAACUGGGUGUGGCUUUGUUUAACUGCCAAUCCGAGGUGGAGGGUCGCAGAACUUACCCUUGUACUGAUGAAAUGACUAUUAAAGAGUGCACAGUGGACAUGGAUGCAGACACAUGGAAUGCAUAUCAUAUUGUCAGUAAUCGUGCACGCUCUGUGUGUUACGCCACACGCCAGCAGCACUUCCGCAGACGUGCAGAAUUAACCGUAAACAGCCUGAUCUCCACUGCGACUAGUCAACUGGACGCCAUGAAAGAUCUAAAGGAAGGUCAGAAAGAACUGAGGGAUAUUACCGCUGCCUCACUAGACAAGCUGCUGGUGGGUCACAGUGCUCUGCAGAUCCAGCAGGGGGUGUUAAAGGAAGGACAAGAGCAGCUGGACAAUUCGAUCAGUGAGAAUCUGCAGAGACUGGCGCAGGAGAAAGCUCUCAUAAGCACUGGGCAGCAGCUGGUGGCACAGCUAAUUCAGGGCAUCACACAGAGAAUGGAGAAUGUUAGUGGCCAGCUGAAGGAUCAGGCCGCAGAAGUUCAGGACGGACAUCAGGCUAUUCUCAAUGACCUUGCUGUGGUCCGAGGAAGUGCUCAGGACAUAUACGAAAACAUGGAGCGGAAUGUGAACGGGUUCCUGCAGCAGCAGAACACUACGGCUCAGUUUUACUCUGAGCUCAUGAGUAAACUGGAGCGUAUGAAUGGGACACUGGGGUACAUGCUGACGUAUUUGGACAACAUGCAGAAUCGACUCGAGGACAGACUGCACAUCAUCCAAGGCUAUCUCGGAUGGGCAGGCUUGAGCUUGCGUGCUCUGUGGACGUGUGUGACGCAUACUGGUUACUUCCUGUUGUCCGCGGUGCUGCUGUCCUUCCUGCAAUGCACCACAUUCUCCCGCAUCUCUCUGCUCUUCACCGUGCCAAUCAAUGCAAUCGCAGAGAUCAACCAGCAGUCUGCACUUGACCUGGUCUCGCUCACUCUACUGUUGUUCACACUUUCACUAGGUCGCUGGUUUUUGCUGCAGGUGAUGAGGGUGUUGUCCAAAAUUAAGGGUCUGACCUGCAGCCCUCCCUCUCUCCCUAUAGGCCCUCCUAAAGAGAAGACACCUGAAAGAGCGAUAAAAUCAACUGUGUGCUGCCCGGCAUUAUCCUCCACUCCUGUACAAAAUGACCCAGACUGUGAUUUGGAGGUGGAGAGCUUCAUGAUGGGUGAGCCGUGCAUACUGGCUGCGUCCCCGUCCCAGCUUCACGGCCCACAGAAGUUUACGCGUCACACUUUUGGCACACCAAACCAUUCAACCCCCAGACUCAAGAAUCGCCACAGCAUUGGAGGAGCAGUGUUUGAGACUGUUCCUCAGAGGAACCUGGGAGGUGCGUUGGAGAUAAUUAACCACUCACAAAGCUCAAGUCCCAACCAUUCUCUCGUCAGCAACAGCUCAAUUUUAGGUCGUCCUCUGUGCGGCGGUACCACCCGACUGGGUCAGCCAUGUAAGAAGAGAGCUGUGGUGGGUCAGGACUUCUGUAGGGUACAUGAAGGUGGCUACACAUCCUACAGUCGUCAAUGAAAUGGAUUUCUCUUCUGUUCAGUUGCUAACCUUUCUGUUUUCAGAAGGAUUUACACUAUA